AUGGGCACGGCUGCCUCCCGCCAUUUGACCGCCGAGGAGCUGCUCGAAAUCCAGGCGGAGACGGGAUUCUCGCUGGCGCGACUCGACUAUCUGUAUGGCCACUAUCAGUCGCUCGAUCGCGACUCCGAGGAUCGCGUCCUGCGGAGCGAACUGCUGCGAGUGCCGCCGGUGGCCGCCCAUCCGCUGGCCGAGCGCCUGGUGGACGCCAUGCUGCAUCCGUCGCUCGGCUUCCGGCACUUCGUCGGCGGACUGGCCAACUUCCGGCGCAGCGAGCCGCUCGACCGGAAGUUGGCCUCCACUCUGCGUCUGUUCGACGAGGACGGCGAUGGGCUGCUGAGCGCCGACCAGUGCCACGCCCUCUUGGCCCGCCUACCGGCGACGCGGCGGGAGCUGCGUGCGAUGCGCUGGCGACUCAAGCAGAUUCUCGAGGAGAAGGAUAAGCUGGACUCGGAGGACUUUGGCCACAUCACCAGGGGUCUGGACCUCGAGCAGAGUCUCUCGCUGCGAUUCCACUGA